AUGUUCUGGAAUCAGACUGAGGACUAUAAUGAUCAUUCUAUCACUGGACUGGCUUCUGUCCUUAUUGUUACCAUUGUGAUGGACAUUGUUGGGAAUGUGUUGGUCAUUUUAUCUGUACUCCGAAAUAACAAACUCAGAAACACAGGUAACCUGUUUGUUGUCAGCUUGUCCGUGGCUGAUCUUUUAAUAGCUGUGUAUCCGUACCCUCUUACUUUGUUAGCUAUGUUUCAUGACGGGUGGAUAUUAGGAGAGAUUCAAUGCAAAGCAAGUGGAUUUGUUCUGGCAUUGAGUGUCGUUGGGUCAGUGUUCAACAUUGCAGCAGUAGCGAUCAACCGAUACUGUUUCAUCUGCCACACCAAGGUUUAUGACAAGUUGUACAGCCUUAAAAAGACAUACUGCUGGCUAGGUUUAACUUGGAUGUUGACGAUCAUUGCUAUUCUCCCAUGUGUAUAUUUUGAUACACUCCGCUAUGAUCCACGUAUAUACUCAUGUACUUUAGCACAGACUGUGAGUACAACAUAUACUAUUGUAAUAGUAGUGGUCCACUUUAUGUUACCAAUAACUAUUGUGAUAAUUUGUUACUUAAGGAUCUGGGCCCUUGUGCUUCAAGUAAAGUAUCAAGUUAGAAAGGACAAAAAGCAGAAACUGAAACCACAUGAAUUACGGCAUUUCUUUUCUAUGUUCAUGGUCUUUGUACUUUUUGCAGUUUGCUGGGGCCCACUAAAUUUUAUUGCUCUUGUUGUCGUUAGUAACCCUGACGCUGUGACAACCCAGAUACCCAGCUGGCUGUUUUCAUCAACUUAUUUCAUGGCUUACUUUAACAGUUGCCUCAAUGGAGUUUUGUAUGGCCUACUGAACAAAAAUUUCCGUAAGGAAUACAAAAGAAUACUAAUGUCCUUCUGUAAAUUUAGAGAAUUUGAAAGAAAAUCAUCCACAAAAGGUGGCUUGGAAGAAUCAUGCAGCUGUUCAGCAAAAAGCAGUUCAAGCUCCAGGUUUGGUGUAAGACAUCUAGAAGAACAAAAUAAGUAA